CCUGACGUCAUGACGCAGUGGACGGAAGCGGCUCCGUGCUAAACUUUAGGAAAAUCCUCGCUCCGGUCCGUAUUUGCUCUAUUCGUCCUCUGGACCCGGUUCAGUUCUGCACGCCUGGAGGUUAGAAUUGACGAGCGGACCCAGCAGAAGUUCGAGGAUCGGUUACAGCAGCCAUGGACCACUCUGGCCACAUGAACCACAUGAACCACAUGAACCACAGCACCAUGGAGCACGUUCAUCCCACCAUGGCAACCACCACCGGACACGACCACGGAGGAGGGGACAACGGAGGACAUACGGGACACAUGAUGGCGAUGACCUUCUACUUCGGCUACAAAAAUGUGGAGCUGCUGUUCACCGGGCUGGUCAUCAACACACCCGGAGAGAUGGUUGGCGCCUGUAUAGGUGUGUUCCUAUUGGCUAUUCUCUACGAGGGGCUGAAGAUCGGUCGGGAGAUCCUCCUGCGUCGCAGUCAGGUUAACGUGCGCUACAACUCCAUGCCGCUACCUGGCGCCGACGGGACGAUGCUGAUGGAAACGCACAAGACAGUCGGCAACUGUCCAGAAGGGGCAGAGUCCGUCUUCUUUGGAUCGCUUUGCAGGCAAAGGAUGCUAAGCCCCGCCCACUUCCUGCAGACUUUCCUACACAUCAUCCAGGUGGUGGUCAGCUAUGUCCUGAUGCUUGUCUUCAUGACCUACAACGCGUACCUGUGCAUCGCCGUGGCAGUCGGCGCCGGCAUGGGCUACUUCCUGUUCAGCUGGCAGAAGGCAGUGGUGGUGGACAUUACGGAGCACUGUCACUAACAAACCGCCACACUUAGCUUCAAGGUUACCUCUGUACCGGUCACCAUGGUAACAUCUCGUCAUACUGUAGGUUAGCGACUAAUCCUGGAGGAUGGAGAGCCCUCGUUGUUGGGGUUUUCCUUCUUAAAUUUAAUGUCACGCAGGUGAUAAAGGCCAGCCAAUCAGAGCCUAGAUCACCUCAGGAUUCCUUCUUUUUUUGUUGUUUUUUUAGUGCCAUAAGAGCGUUUCUCAAAAAUGGCUCUUAGUCAGUAGCUUAUUAGUGGAGCCAGUAAUCACCAAACAGGACAUGAUCAAUACUUUGGUCCUCGGAGAGCGAAUGAGGGACCUAUAGAUUAGCUUCACUCAGUAAACCGAUUUUAUAACAGGAAAACAUAUUGAAGCAUUUUACUCUAAUUUUAUUUCCUGUUUACAUUUUUCACAAUAAACUUUCUUUUGUUUGUUCCGAGAGGGAAAAAAAAUCCAGUAAAUUUUUUUACAUGAUAUAUGUAUAUAAAGAAAAUGAUCACAGAAAUCAUUUAUUCUAAUAGUUUUUCUGUUGCGGUAAAGUCCGGCAGUCGGGGUGAACAGUUCUGAUCGUUAGCUUGUCUGACGCCGCCAUCGGCCUUAAAGCCGCCGCCCACUGCCUUACUGUGACAACGCCCAUGCUGCCUUUCGUCAUCAUACGGAAAAAGCCUCAGUGUUGUAGCUUUAGCCACCAACUGUUAAGAGUUGUUGGGUUUUAAUUAUUUUUGAUCUGCUGACACUGGGAUCGGUGGAGUUAAUAUGUGGACCAAUGAGAUUGCAGGGAUGGAUUACAUUUGUGGUUUCUUCAUUAUUCUGACCAAAAUCAUGUUCUUCAGUUACAAUAAGGCCUUAGUUCUGUUCAGGGAGCCUCCGGCUGUCCGUUUUUUCACUGAAUGAAGGAAAAUGUGGAUCCCGGACAAGCCCCCAACGAUGGAGGAACUCCAGCUUAAAAACACUAAAACUGAGACGACCUGUUGCUAAUAAACUGUGUAGAUGAAUGUGAGGUCUUUUCUAUCUGUCAUAAACAAGCAGCUCUUUAUAAUCAUUCAAAUCUUUGUUAUCGAUUUGUUUUUACUGAUCGGAGCUUUUUGAAUCAGAACUUCACCUAUUCGUGUUUGGAUGUCAGCAGGUUCAGUGCCACCCAUAUC